UGGCGCAUGUUUCCUGUACGUAACUUCCUGUUAAUCUCAAUAAAGACGGGCCUGGCGGCAAUUCCGCAGGUCAAUUUUUUGGGUUUGUUCGGUGAAUCCGGCGUGAAUCGGAGUCAUCAGAACCGCAAUCAUGACGGUGGGUAAGAGCAGUAAGAUGCUGCAGCACAUCGACUUCAGGAUGAGGUGCAUCCUGCAGGACGGCCGCAUCUUCAUUGGCACCUUCAAGGCCUUCGACAAACACAUGAACCUGAUCCUGUGUGACUGUGACGAAUUCAGGAAGAUCAAGCCAAAGAACUCAAAGCAGCCGGAGCGAGAGGAGAAGAGGGUUCUGGGUUUAGUUCUGCUGAGGGGGGAGAACCUGGUCUCUAUGACAGUGGAGGGCCCACCUCCUAAAGAUACUGGUAUCGCUCGGGUCCCAUUGGCCGGUGUUGCUGGAGGUCCCGGUGUGGGACGGGCUGCUGGUCGUGGUGUUCCUGCAGGAGCUCCGAUGCCUCAGGCUCCAGCUGGACUCGCUGGGCCCGUCAGAGGAGUGGGCGGUCCUUCACAGCAGGUGAUGACUCCACAGGGCAGAGGGACGGUCGCUGCAGCAGCUGCAGGAGCAAGUAUCGCUGGAGCUCCCACACAGUAUCCACCUGGACGAGGAGCCCCGCCGCCCAUCGGCAGAGGAGCCCCGCCUCCAGGUAUGAUGGGUCCACCCCCUGGUAUGCGACCACCAAUGGGCCCUCCUAUGGGUAUGCCUCCUGGUCGUGGCGCUCCAAUGGGCAUGCCCCCACCAGGCAUGAGGCCGCCACCCCCAGGCAUGAGAGGACCACCCCCUCCCGGGAUGAGACCACCUCCCCGGCCCUGAAGAAGUCCCGCCCCCCUGUCCUCGCCUGUUGUAUAGAAGUCUUUUUUUAUCUUUUGUUUUGUUUUUAAAUAAAGUUUCCUCAGGAUGGUUUGAUUUCA